AUGAUUCAUAAAAUGUCAAGAUCCAGUGACGCUAACCCUCCAGAGGUUAUGAUAGGAUCACCAAAGAGCAGAAGGCCCAUGUUUAUACCUGAAAUUUCUUCAAAGAGGGCUAGUUCACCUUCGAAUCGACCAAAGUUGCCCGGCUUGUCAAUUCCUGCCGCAAUAUCGAGCUCUACAUCAACGUCUAUAACGUCGAAUCCUGAACCAAGAACAAACCAGAAGCCAGCAAUAUUAGGCAUACCAUCCACCAGGACGCGAGGCAAGAGCCCAGUUGCUUUAAAUGCUCUCAAUACGGAGGUCUCUGAAUCACCAGCGCUAUUAGAAGAACUUCAGAGUCUGAGUCUAGCGGAGGGUAAACCGGGGAAUUCAAAAGUAAACGUAUACGACAAAGAAAUAGACGACUUGGAGGAAGAUGAUUGGAAAUAUCUGUUCAAUAACGACGAUAUUGCAGAGCUUGAUGUUCUUGGUGAAGGUAUUGGAGGCAGCGUCAGAAAGUGUAAAUUAAAGCACAACAGUAGAUUGUUUGCUCUAAAAAUUAUAACAACAGACCCAAACCCCGAUUUUCAAAGACAAAUGAUCAGAGAACUAAAAUUUAAUCGAAGCUUUAAUUCGCCUAAUAUCGUGCAGUACUAUGGAACCUUUAUCAAUGAAAAAUCAGCUUCGAUCUACAUCUGCAUGGAAUAUAUGGGAGGUAAAUCAUUGGAUGCCAUUUACAAAAAUAUCAAAACAAGGGGAGGAAGGAUAGGAGAAAAGGUAUUGGGAAAAAUAGCGGAAAGCGUGCUAAAAGGAUUGUCCUACCUUCAUGAAAGAAAGAUUAUACAUCGGGAUAUCAAACCCCAGAAUAUUUUACUUAGUUUCAAUGGAGAAGUCAAAUUAUGCGAUUUUGGUGUCAGCGGAGAGGUAAUUAAUAGUUUAGCAACAACAUUCACAGGAACGUCUUAUUAUAUGGCGCCAGAAAGGAUCAAGAAUGAACCAUAUACAGUGACUAGUGAUGUUUGGUCUUUAGGGUUGACGUUAUUAGAGGUAGCCCAAGGAAGAUUCCCAUAUUAUUCGGAAAGAGAUCACAUUCCAUUGACGCCGAUAGAGUUACUGUCAAUGAUAUUGAACUUCACACCGACCCUGGAGGAUGAGCCAGGGGAAAAUAUAUUCUGGUCUCCCGCAUUCAAGUCAUUUUUGCAUUAUUGUUUGGUCAAAGACCGAAAGAAACGUCAUUCUCCUCAUCAAAUGUUGAAACAUCCAUGGAUGAUAAGCCAAUCAAAGAAGAGUGUCAAAAUGGACAAGUUUGUCAGACAGUGCUGGGAAGAGUAG